AUGUCCUACGCUCUGGAAUCCAAAAAGCGAAAGUUUCACCGUGUUCUUGAAUCAAUAUCCAAGCCUCUUACUCCCGACAACGCACCCAAACCAGCCCCUGCGGCGCCAACGACGGUGCAAGACCGUAUCUCCGCCAACUUAUCGAUCAAGAAAGUACGCUUGGCCAGUGCCGACCGCUCGGAGCUCACAGCAGUGCGCAAUUCAAUCAGCAAAAUAUCCCGACCAGGACACCGAAUUGCCUCUGCGGAUUCGAAUAAGCGCCCAACCUUUGUUCCUUGGGAUCGCGAACGUUUUCUCGAGCGGUUAGAGACCUUCCGUCGUGUCGACCGGUGGACCUCAAAGCCAUCCCCAAUCAAUGAAGUACAAUGGGCGAAACACGGUUGGAUAUGUACGGAUGUUUUGCGCGUCACCUGUGUGAGUGAUUGUGGCGGCGCAGUCGUUGUGAAGGUUCCCGAUGAAAUCGAUGAGCUGGAUGGUUUCGACAUUGAGAAGGUGGAGGAGCGCAAGCAAGUCCGUGCGAGGCUGGUGGAUGAGUAUGCGAAGAUGCUAAGCAGUGCUCAUGGCGAAAAUUGUCCAUGGCGAAACAAGAGCUGUGACGCAACUAUUCAACAUCUUCCUUUGACAAAUUGUGAGUCUGCCUUAUCGGGUCUUCACAAGCGAUAUACAAAUAUAUCGGAAAUGGGCGAUAAAUUACCAUCCGACGAUAUCAUCCAGACUCCGGAAGGGCUUGACCUAGAUGUCCUUAUCAAAGGACUUCCCGAAGAAUGGUUUAAAGAGGCCGAGAAACCUGCUGUACACACCGAUGGAGAGACUCGACCUGCAAACAUCGACAACCCAAACCCAACAGACACGCCUAAACCUGUUAAUCGCGCUGCACUGGCGCUCGCAUUGCUCGGCUGGGACACGGCCUCUGAUGGAGCUGCGGGGUUGGUCGGAUGUGGUGCGUGUUUCCGUCGCCUCGGGCUAUGGAUGUACAAACCCAAAGAUAACGGAGAUGUGACCGUCUAUACUUCCCUAAAUGUGGCUGAUGAGCACAUGGAGUAUUGUCCCUGGAUUGACAAGGUUGCCCAAAGUGGCACGGGGCGUCCCAACGAGAAGUUGGCAGAACUCCGCGCUGGGUGGCAGAUCGUCGCGGAGGCCGUAAAGGUCAAACACCGCCGCAGACUUCGCACCAUGGCUUCUACUGAUACGCUGCGGACGGACCCAGGCACAUCAACCGAGACUGUAGGCGAGGAAGAAAAUGCGGAUGCGAAAAAGAAAGCAGAUCGGGAGUGGUGGGCAAAGAUUCGACGAGUGAGAUCUGUUUUGACAGCCAAGUCGCCAAAACGCAAACCUGUCUUGCCUCAAUAA